AUGUUGAUCGCUGCGUCAUCUGACGAUCUGCUAAAUCGGUGCAAGCGCUACAUCUCUGCGCAGUGGUCGAUCACCGAUCUUGGACCAGUUUCACACUACCUCGGUCUCAAAAUUGAGCAUGACCGAGUGCGCGGUAGGCUGCGCAUCUCACAACGCGCCUAUAUUGAAAAGAUUACCGCAGCUAUCGCCGGCGACGUUUCCUGGCAAACACCAAGCACGCCCAUAAGCGAAGAGCCUAGGGCGGCAGCAGAAGGCCAUCAAGCGACGAAAUCAGCGACCAAAACCUACCAAUCAGCAGUGGGUUCGUUAAUGCACGCCAUGAAUGUCAGCCGACCCGACCUCGCAUAA